GCCCGCCCCCGGCCGUGAUGCCCGCCCCCCGGGGCCCCGGCGGCCCGCGCCCCUGCUAGGCUGUGGCGGCAUGGCCCGCGCGCCCGGCGCGACCUCUGCGGAUUGCAUCGGUGCGCGGCGGCGGGGCAUGCCCAGGGCACCGGGCACGGCCUUCAAUGGGCGAGGACACGGACACGCGGAAAAUUAACCACAGCUUCCUGCGGGACCACAGCUAUGUGACCGAAGCCGAUAUCAUCUCUACUGUCGAGUUCAACCACACGGGGGAGCUGCUGGCCACAGGCGACAAGGGCGGCCGGGUUGUCAUCUUCCAGCGGGAACCAGAGAGCAAAAAUGCGCCUCAUAGCCAGGGUGAGUACGAUGUCUAUAGCACCUUCCAGAGCCACGAGCCCGAGUUCGACUAUCUCAAGAGUCUGGAGAUAGAGGAGAAGAUCAACAAGAUCAAAUGGCUCCCGCAGCAGAAUGCGGCCCACUCGCUGCUGUCCACCAACGAUAAAACCAUCAAGUUAUGGAAGAUUACUGAGCGGGAUAAGAGGCCCGAGGGCUACAACCUGAAGGAUGAGGAGGGGAAGCUGAAGGACCUGUCCACGGUGACGUCGCUGCAGGUGCCGGUGCUGAAGCCCAUGGACCUGAUGGUGGAGGUGAGCCCAAGGAGGAUCUUCGCCAAUGGCCACACCUACCACAUCAACUCCAUCUCCGUCAACAGCGACUGCGAGACCUACAUGUCGGCGGACGACCUGCGCAUCAACCUCUGGCACCUGGCGGUCACCGACAGGAGCUUCAAUAUUGUGGACAUCAAGCCAGCAAACAUGGAGGACCUCACGGAGGUGAUCACUGCAUCCGAGUUCCACCCCCACCACUGCAAUCUCUUUGUCUACAGCAGCAGCAAGGGCUCCCUGCGACUGUGCGACAUGCGGGCGGCCGCCCUGUGUGACAGGCACUCCAAGCGUUGGGGUCCUCGUGGCCUUUGGCCUCUGCUUCUCCUCCUCCAGACUGGCAGGCAGCUCUCCAGUCACGCCAGCCCUGAGCUCAGGGUGCGCCUUUGCCCGCCGAUGCCCACUCCUACCUCGCCCCACAAGGCACGCUGGGACUCGGGCCAGCCCUGGUGUCUUGGGGUACUUAGACCAGAGGACCAUGGCCACCCCCAAGUCUUCGAGGAGCCUGAGGACCCUAGCAGCCGCUCCUUCUUCUCCGAGAUCAUCUCCUCGGUGUCGGACGUGAAGUUCAGUCACAGCGGCCGCUACAUGCUCACACGGGACUACCUCACGGUCAAGGUCUGGGACCUGAACAUGGAGGCGAGGCCCAUAGAGACCUACCAGGUGCACGAUUACCUGCGCAGCAAGCUCUGCUCCCUCUACGAGAACGACUGCAUCUUUGACAAGUUCGAGUGCGCCUGGAACGGCAGCGACAGCGUCAUCAUGACUGGGGCUUACAACAACUUCUUCCGCAUGUUCGACCGCAACAGCAAGCGGGACGUGACCCUGGAGGCGUCACGGGAGAGCAGCAAGCCGCGGGCUGUGCUCAAGCCGCGGCGCGUGUGCGUGGGGGGCAAGCGGCGGCGGGACGACGUCAGCGUGGACAGCCUGGACUUCACCAAGAAGAUCCUACACACGGCCUGGCACCCGGCCGAGAACAUCAUCGCCAUCGCCGCCACCAACAACCUCUACAUCUUCCAGGACAAGGUCAACUCCGACAUGCACUAGGCCCCGGUGGCCCUAGUGGGGCCCGCUCUGCCAGCUGCCCUGGGCCGCACUGGCCUUGGACGGCUGCGACCUGUCUAGAGGAGGAAGCAGUGUCCACAGGUGCAGGUUCCUGGCGGCUGUGGUCCCGUCCGCAUGGUUCAGGGUUCUCAUCACUCUCCCGCUGCCGGCCAGGGCUGCGGUCUUUCCCAUGCUAUUAAUUUUCAUUCGGCUGCUCUCUUGAGGGGAGGCCGGAGCUGGUCUGAAUAGAGGCUCCAGGACAGAGACUGAGGCUUGCAUGGGCCUGCUGGGACUUGGAUGUAAGUGGGCAGCUGGCCCUGCCUGGAGCUGGUCCUGCCUCAGCUUCCCGGUGGGGAGCUGGCACUGAGAAUUUGUGGAUGUCCCAUACCAGGGCAGGUUCCCGAGGGGAAGGUAGGGCUCCACGCCUGCCUGUCCCCUUGCCUCAGUGUCGCAUCGCUGAGCUGCUGGGGCACGCUGGGUGGGGUGCUCAGAUUCCUGCAGCCCAGUCCGGGCAGCUUUGCUGUCGUCUGUCAAAAUUGCUGGGUACCUCCCCUUGGGACACUGGCUCCCGCCUAUGACUGACGUGGAUGUCUGUUCAUGUCCCUGUGCCGGGCCCUGCGCUGGGGCCAGGGAUAGAGGGAGAAGAAUUACUGUCAGCAUUGUACACAAGAGGAAGCCGAGGCGCUGGGUAGAGAUGUAGUGCCCGAGGCAGGUGCCAGGAACUGUCACGCUGGGGUGCCGUCCUGCCCUGCGUGGGCACCAUGCUCACAUGAACCCAGGCCUGAAGGCAGCCUCUCUGCACUUGUGAAGCAGGACACAGCAGCAUCUCGAUAACAAGGGGUGACACAGAGGGAAGAUGGAGGAGCCGCUGUGUUUGGUGCCGUAGGGCUGUCCCCUCCCAGGGACUGUACCCCAGGUGGCACCUGCAGCUCCUGGUGCAGCCAUGCUGAACCGCCUCCAAGAGGAAAUGCAUGUUGUGACCACAUUAGGGUAUUUUUGAGGACCACACACGCUCCCCCACCCAGCCCUGAGGUCUGCAGGGAGCAAGGUCUCCACAGUGCAUCCUGCUGGGUGACACUGGACUCCACCCUCUGUCCUGUGGCCCUCAGGAUGGCAGCAGAACCAGGCAGCUCAGGCCUGGGGUGCAAGAGCAGUCAGGCAGGACCCAGCUGGGCCAGGCUCGUGUCUUCAUUUCCUACACUGCAGACCAUCAGCCAGGCAAUGGCCUCAGGGGCGUCCUUGGUGGGCUGCCAUGGGCUGUGUGUGUGUGUGUGUGUGUGUGUGUGUGUGUGUAAAAGCACAAAACGCAUGUGCACUCACUGCUGGCCAUAGUAUAUUUACACACAAAUGGAUCCACUGAGUUUUUCUUUUUGAUUGAUGUGAAUGAAGAUGUCUGUUUAUAUAGCGCUGUCUAAUCCAGCUGGCCCGGACAGUAUUAUAUGUACAUAUCUACCUUAGUUAAGUUUAACAAUCACAAGAGCGGGUGACUUCAUCCCCCCGUGUAAAGAUGCUUGAGGGUGUUGGAAAUUGUACAGAAAUCUCGCCGAAGCCAAAAUCCAGCGCUGCGGGCCUCAAGCACUUGCUGGGGACCUGGGCACCGCCGUCUCCCUCUGUGAUCCCGGCGUCCAGAGAGGAAAUGGGAAUUGGAAGGUCUAAGUUCCCCUGGCGUCCCAGGCUUACCAUUCAUCAUCUCCAGAGUGCAGAUCCUACAUGGUCUCGGAAGGGGUCCUCACGCGGUUUCUACUUCCUGACCUCUGUUCUAAACUUUGGGUACCAAACCAAAAAGGGGGUGGGGAGCAAAGGAAAGCUGGGGAGAGAUCUCAGAAGAAAAGCGUGGCUUUGGGUCCCUAGAAGACGCAGGGUCCAAAGCCGGCUGCAAAUAAUGAAAUAUGGGGAGGGGCAAAAAUUUGUGGGGGACUCCAGGAAGCCACAGGCUUGAGCCCUUUUUCUGCUUCCACCUCUGGUCUUCUUGGGGUGACACCGUCACUGGGGCUUUAUUUCUUCCCCUUGGGCUGCUGUUCUCUGAGGCGCAGCCCUGGGUGGGAAGGGGCGUGGGUGUAGUGGGCCUGAGGGUUUGGAUUCGGGAACUCCUAGGUGCAUUCUUUCUUUCUUGGGUGUCUCACAGAUUAUCCAACUGUUGAAUAAAAUUAUAAAUAUGUGAAUACCAGCUUUUUCCAAUAAAAUAACAAAUGUUACAUCUAA